UUGUGCUGCAUUGCAUGCUGGGAAGCAAACUUUUUGAAAAUGGCGACAUCUUUAGGAGCUAAUAUUUACAACAGACAAAAUUGGGAAGACGCGGAUUUUCCUAUUCUCUGCCAGACAUGUCUUGGAGAGAAUCCUUAUAUUCGAAUGACCAAGGAGAAAUAUGGCAAGGAGUGCAAGAUAUGUGCCAGGCCCUUCACAGUGUUCCGAUGGUGUCCUGGAACCCGCAUGCGAUUCAAAAAGACAGAGGUGUGCCAGACUUGCAGUAAGAUGAAGAAUGUCUGUCAGACGUGCCUGCUGGAUCUAGAGUAUGGCUUGCCAAUACAGGUCCGAGACACUGGGCUGUCAAUCAAGGACGACGUGCCAAAAUCCGAUGUGAACAAGGAAUACUACACUCAGAACAUGGAAAGAGAGAUAGGGAACUCUGAUGGUACACGGCCAGUGGGUCUCCUGGGUAAGGCCCCCAGCUCUAGUGACAUGCUUCUGAAGCUAGCCCGCACCACGCCUUACUACAAGAGGAACAGACCACACAUCUGCUCCUUCUGGGUGAAGGGAGAAUGUAAGAGAGGAGAAGAGUGUCCCUACAGGCAUGAGAAGCCAACUGAUCCUGACGAUCCCCUGGCAGACCAGAACAUUAAGGACCGUUACUAUGGUAUCAAUGACCCUGUGGCUGACAAGCUACUGAAGAGGGCCUCCACCAUGCCUAGACUGGAUACGCCAGAGGACAAGUCCAUCACUACGCUGUAUGUGGGGGGGCUCGGAGACUCCAUCACUGACUCAGAGCUCAGAAACCAUUUCUACCAGUUUGGGGAGAUCCGGACCACCACCAUCGUUCAGAGGCAGCAGUGUGCCUUCAUCCAGUUUGCCACCCGUCAGGCUGCAGAGUUGGCUGCUGAGAAAUCCUUCAACAAGCUCAUUAUCAAAGGUCGCAGACUCAACGUCAAGUGGGGCAGGUCCCAGGGAGCGCGGGGGAAGGAGGGAAGGGAGAGGGAAGGGGUGACUGAGAUGGGGAUGAAGUUGGAGCCGGUACCUGGACUUCCUGGAGCGCUACCUCCGCCACCUGUGGAUGAAGACGCCCCUACCAACUAUUUCAACCUGGGCCCUAACUCAGCCCCUCCUGUCAUGAACAUCAGUCUACCCCCACCCCCCGGCGUGGCUAUGCCCCCUCCAGGCUUUGGCCCACCUAUGUUCCACUCGAUGGACCCCAUGGCGAUACCCCAUCCCAUUGGGAUGAGGCCUCCUGGCCAUGUCCACUACCCCUCCCAGGAUCCACAGCGCAUGGGUGCACACGCCAGUCGUCACGGAGGCUCCUAGGCCCUACUGGUUAUAGUGAUUGCUGUUUUUAAUGACAUUUUGAUUUAGUCUUAUACCAAUUCCUUACCAAAUGACCAAUUCCACCCUAUAAACAAACCAGGCACAGUGACUGUAGACAUGUUUCACCGAUGUGAGAUCCGUGUUCAAAGCGUUAGAGAGAAUGACCUCUGUUUGUGCACCCAGCAAGGUCUCGCUGGUUAGGAAAAGUGAGUUCUGAACAGUGUAAUUUUUAAUGGUUCCUUAAACCUUCCCCCAUUUGAACCUAUGUUCUAACUAAGGGUUGGAACCGGUUCAGGGAGCAGAACCGAAAAUAAAUUAUUUGAGGAAAAGAACCCCAAACUUGAAACCGUGAUCUAUAGUGGUCCGGAACAGUCUACAAACAUCGCAACGAAGCACUUAUGCAAAGCCCUCUGUCACUCAAACUUAUUCCAGCAUCUGCCUUCCAGGUGGAAAUCUUUGCCAGUGGGUGUGUGUGUUGGCUACUUGCCCCUCCCCUCUGAAGCAUAGGUUACUGUAGUCUACUGACGACGUUACACGCAUCAUUCAGAAAUUAGGGAGAGAUGUUUAUUUAAAGAAUGAAUUGACUUUUUCAAUGAUAGUUAAGGAUACUAUUGUUUUCACACCUCACAUUGGAUUUAUUAACUACAAAAAGGUAAGAUGUGUUUUUCAUUCUUGUUCUGCUCUGCACACACAGCUUGUUAGCUAAUGUUUGAUAUGGUCCAACAUUAAACCAACUCGGAAGUUCAAUGACAUUCAAAGUUUCUCCAUAGAAGCCAUUCCUCCGUAGGUAUAAUUCUGCUGACCUAAUUCAGAUAAUGCAUGUCAUAACAAGAUGCCCAGGGCUUCAAGGCAAGCUUCCUCCAUCCUCUCUCUCUCCUCACCCUCAAAUUUUCUGUUGCAUUUCACGCCAUGCACACAGUGUGUGUGUUUGUCUUUCAUUAUGAUUAAACCAUGCUGUUACGGCAAAACACUAUUUGCGCUUAACAACUUUCCUAUACAGAUUAAGUCGCUUACUCGCUCCACAGCAAGCUGCUCUAUCCGCACUGAUUGGUGAAGAAAUUAAAUGUUGAGCUAAAUGUAAACAAAAAUGUAUAUGUCAGAGGUUUAAAAAGGAAUAUGAAGGAAGCUAUAUGUUGGAACCGGUUCAGCACUUUAUUUUGCUGGUCAGAACAGUGAAACGGGAUGAAAAAAAUAAUGGUUCUGUUCAAAAAUGAAACGAUUGUAAAAUGAUUUAUAUUCCAACCCUUGGUUCUAACUCUGAUUGCUUGUAGAUUUGAAAGGAGGGAGGUUUAUGUUUGCAAAAUGUGCAUAUUGUACAAAACAUUUCUUAUACAAGAAAAUGUCAAACUAUUUCCCUCUGUACAAAAUUAUUCUGUAUAUCAUGAAUUUUGUGCAGAAUUGUCAGAUGUUAAAGAUGGAGUCCUCAUUAGGGCAAACAGUUCCUUUAUUUAUUUUGUUGCUGUUGAUGAAAUGGAGGUGAGCACUGUGGGAAUUUAUUUUAUGCAGUACAUAUUCUGCUCUAUUUUGUGUGCAACAGUGUCAAAGGGGGGUGGGGAAGUAUUCAUUGUUUGCUGUAUUUUUUGUUGUUGUAAUAUCCCAAACGGACAUGGCAAUUUCAUCAAGUAUUACAGCUUUAACGGUCUUCAGAAAUUCCAAUUGUUGGCACUAUUAUCUGAAGAUUGCUGAAGUUGUCCAUGUCUGUAGAAUUGUAAAUGUCUAUGUUUUAAUAGAACUGUGAAGUGUAUGGUUGUCACAUUUUAGCGUCAUGAAUUAUCCUUUCAUUUGAAAAGUUAUGUACAUAGUUUACCAAGUUCUGUCCUUGAUAAUGAAUUACCUGGUUUAAGGCAUUCUUGAUCUUAUUAGUUGUGGCAGAAAAACACAGGGGAGCGAAUAACAUUUUCUCAAGAAACACAGUAACUAUCCACUAUUUGGACUCCCAGUUAAUGUAUGGAAGAGUACAAAUAUAAGUCCUCUGCAAAUCAUUUUGUCGUCUAAAUUCUAAAGCGGUCAUGGUGUCACCGGUAUGAAGUCUUAAUUUUAUCGGCGUAUUGGGUGGCCCAGCCCCUGGGGGGUGCAGUUGAAGUUGCGCCGGUUACACAUGCUCUCCCAGGUCAGACUAGGCUCAGCACUGGCCUACAGAAGCUCAAACCCAGGCAGGGGGAACAUCCACACACUACCUGCUGUCCCUCCAAAUGGCAUUGGUGCCCUUACAGAAAUAAAUGGGUCUCAGGAUAUGAAUUACUAAGUAUAACCAUAUAUUAAAUUUGCCCUCUUUUUUUCUCAAAAGCCCUCUAGUGAGUGGGUCAUGGUAGCAUGGUGUGAAGCCACUGCCCAAGCUGGAGCGUGUGUUUUUUUUCUCCAACACGUAGGCCUACAGCCAACGUUCAAUGUUCCGUAUGUCUUCUGUGUUCCAUAGAAUAUGACCAACUGGCUCUAACAGUGCAUGACUGAAUUGCAGACACUAAUCAUGUAGCUAGCCUCUCACUGUUUGUAACAGUGUCUGAGACAGGCACAUCAUACUUUUUUUCCGAUCAUCAACGAGGAUGAUUACUUCAAGAAUGUGUUUGAUUACUACAAUCAAGUCAAAAAACAUUUCUAUGCCCCAGUAGAUAUGGAAUAUAUUAACUUUUUGUAAUCAAAUAGGAUUGAAUCCAAAGAUGAUCGAAUUCUCUAAUAAAGUGCAAUGUGGCUUUC